CUUGCAUCCAAAAGGUACAGAUCUCUCUCUCUCUCUCUCUCUCUCUCUCGUUUGGCGCCUAGCAAAUAAAUCACCUUCAAGGGUUGAAUUAUGGGUGCAGUGACGAACAACCUCGACAUGGAGGAGGGUACCCUUGAGAUCGGCAUGGAGUACAGAACCGUUUCUGGAGUUGCUGGACCACUGGUUAUCCUUGACAAAGUUAAGGGACCCAAGUAUCAAGAGAUUGUCAAUAUUCGAUUGGGAGAUGGAACAACUCGACGUGGUCAAGUCCUAGAAGUUGAUGGGGAGAAGGCCGUUGUUCAGGUUUUUGAAGGAACAUCUGGAAUUGAUAACAAGUACACCACAGUGCAGUUUACGGGCGAGGUCUUGAAAACUCCUGUUUCAUUGGACAUGCUUGGACGCAUAUUUAAUGGUUCUGGGAAACCCAUUGAUAAUGGGCCUCCUAUUCUGCCUGAGGCUUAUUUGGAUAUUUCUGGUAGUUCUAUCAAUCCUAGUGAGAGGACGUAUCCUGAAGAGAUGAUACAAACGGGGAUUUCAACAAUUGAUGUCAUGAAUUCAAUUGCCAGAGGUCAGAAAAUCCCACUCUUUUCUGCCGCUGGUCUUCCCCAUAACGAAAUAGCUGCUCAGAUAUGCCGCCAGGCUGGAUUGGUGAAGCGGUUGGAGAAAUCAGAAAGUCUUCUAGAGGACGGGGCAGAGGACAAUUUUGCCAUUGUGUUUGCAGCUAUGGGAGUCAACAUGGAGACAGCACAGUUCUUUAAACGUGAUUUUGAGGAAAACGGAUCGAUGGAAAGAGUGACCCUUUUUCUAAACCUGGCAAAUGACCCCACCAUUGAACGUAUUAUUACUCCUCGGAUUGCUCUGACCACUGCAGAAUACUUGGCAUAUGAAUGUGGGAAGCAUGUACUCGUCAUAUUAACAGAUAUGAGUUCUUAUGCCGAUGCCCUUCGCGAGGUAUCUGCUGCCCGAGAGGAAGUGCCCGGAAGGCGUGGGUAUCCUGGUUAUAUGUAUACUGAUCUUGCAACAAUUUAUGAGCGUGCUGGACGAAUUGAGGGACGAAAGGGAUCCAUCACACAAAUUCCAAUCUUAACGAUGCCCAAUGAUGAUAUCACGCAUCCCACUCCCGAUCUUACUGGUUAUAUUACCGAGGGACAGAUUUAUAUUGACAGACAGCUCCAUAAUCGACAAAUAUAUCCUCCAAUCAAUGUGCUUCCAUCGCUGUCCCGUCUAAUGAAGAGUGCCAUUGGUGAAGGGAUGACUCGCAGGGAUCAUGCAGAUGUAUCCAACCAGUUAUAUGCAAACUAUGCCAUCGGGAAGGAUGUCCAAGCAAUGAAAGCUGUGGUUGGAGAAGAAGCCCUCUCUUCUGAGGAUCUGCUAUACCUGGAGUUCCUUGACAAAUUCGAGAGGAAAUUUGUAGCUCAAGGAGCCUACGACACCCGCAACAUCUUCCAGUCACUUGACUUGGCAUGGACGCUGCUUCGUAUAUUUCCGCGUGAGCUUCUCCAUCGUAUACCAGCGAAGACACUUGAUCAGUACUAUAGUCGGGAUGCAUCUAAUUGAUGGAUGGUUUAAGGAAAUAUAUUCCAGUUUCUUGUUUGGUUCCUUUUCGAGAGGGUUGCAAAUCUCUUCCAUCAAGUCCAAGUAAUAAAGGUUUUGUGCUUAUAAGUGCACGAAAACCAAAGCUUUCGCUGAUUCUUGCCUCCGAUAUUCUUGCAAUGAGGACCACUUCGAUUGUGUAGCAUCUGCAAUUCUUUUAGUUAUUGAACGGUUUUGCUACCCAGAUAUGAGAUGGUUUGGCACUUGCGAUUGUGUUUCAGAAACAAAAGCCACUUAUAGGGAUCGAAAAAACCCUGUAAUUUUACAGUAUCAAUGUGGUUGUUCAUCCCCUUUGGAUUGUAUCUUGUUUUUGGAUAUUGUUGUUUUAGGAAUUUGGAUGUGUCCGUGCUCUUGUUCUGUUUGAGAGAAUAAAUUGGACAGCUUGUUUAA